GCAACUUAACCUACUGCGGCUGAGAUGAAGGGCAUUGACAACAAUGAAGAGGACGUCAAUGAUGAUAAUGACGAUAGAAUUCAAUUCCAGCAUGAAUCCUCUACAUGGAUUUUUCAUUAUUGAAUCAAUAAAUCACCAAGUUACAUUGUCGAGGGCAGCAACCAAUUGAGCAUAUGGGCGGCACACUGUGGAAAUGCUUGAAACGGAAGAUGAUUUCAACGCAGGAAGAGUUUGAGGAAAUCAGAAGUAGAUUUAUUGAUGAACUCUUUUACUGCGAAAAAGAACAAACUUCAACGCUUCUAGGCAUGACGACAAUUCCUCUUUCUCCAUUAGUAUUUCUUACCAGUUAUCUGGUUAUCCAGAGAAUCAGCUGUGAAGGGAGGGAACCCACACUAUCGCGAACUUGGGCCAUUAACAAGCCCAAUCAGCCUAAAAUCGUAACUGGAUAUAAGAGAGUAUUCAACCCGAGGAAAGAUUACUCUAAAAUGGAUGCUUAUUAUGUCACUCCUUCUAGGAAGAGACUAAGAUCGAUUAUAGAAGUGGGUACUUUUCUUCAACAAAAUUCUGAGUUUAGUGACCUAUGAGUCUCAGAUUCAGAUUUAAGAAACCCAAAAUUAUGGAUGAUAUUAUACCCUCUAGUAUCACUCAAUAAGUGCGUGGAUGGAGCUAAAAUUUUAGAUUCAUUUGCGGUGUAGAUGCAGUUUCUAGAGUCCUGAUAUGCUUAAAAGUUCAACUUAUUUGCCGUUUGUUGUUAUUUUCCAUCUCUUUGAUAUAAAAAACUUUUGAUGUAUGCAAAAUCAUCUUUUAUUGGUACCCAGUGUCAUUAUAAUUCGACACUGGGACAAUAUUUUUCAAAUAUUCUCACCAAUCGUGACUUGUUAUUCAUAUGUGUCGUAGUUAUCCUAGAACUACACACGGCCUGAUUCUCGUGCAAUCUGAGAUAUGUAGGCAACUCGAAGACCGGAGUUCGGUCACAAUUCUCUCAAAUUCUCUUUAUCCUUAUAGUCUCCCAAAUUCUUUUAGUCGGGACAAAAUGGGCUACUAAGUCAACGUCUUUAUCCAAAAAUUCUUUCAUCAUUACCGGCCAAAGAGGGACAAGUUGUUGACACCCAAUUUUGUCUCGCUUUUCUUUCAAAAUAUUUAUUUGUGCUUCUAAUAUUUUGACAACUUAAGAACAAUUAUUUAUAUUUUAUUAGAGUUAUUAGCUUUCUAUUAAAAUCAUCGU